AUGACUAAAAGUAGAGUUUUACUCAUUGGAGCAGGCGGUAUCGGCACCGUUUGCGCUUACGCGUUGGAGAAGGGAGGGUUGGUUGAAGUGACUGUGGUGAUGCGGUCGAUGUACAACCGGGCCGUUGAGCAGGGCAUAGACAUCGACUCGGUUGACUUCGGCCGGAACAUUAAGUCCUGGCGGCCUACUGCGAUCCUACAGGCUGUCCCCAACGUCGCCGCCGGGGAGUCAGAGCCUUUCGAGUUCAUCGUUGUCACAACCAAGAACCUUCCUGACGCACCUCCAACCGUGGCCGAUAUCAUCGCGCCGGCUGUUGUGCCAGGCAAGACGGCUAUUGUCCUUGGACAAAACGGGCUCAACAUUGACAAGCCAUUGGCCGAUCGGUUCCCCGGAAACCCGCUUAUCAGCAGCGUCAUAUUCACUGGUGCGGCCGUGAUGCCCUCCGGCACAGUCGUCCACAGCGACCCGGACGUCCAGCGCAUUGGGCCCUUUGCCAAGUCCGGGCCUGGAGGCGAGGACGCUGCGCGGCGCUUCGUCGCGCUGUACAACCCACGGGGAGAGCUUGAUGUCACUCUGAGCCUCGACACCGACUACAUUCGUUGGCGCAAGCUUGCUUACAACGCUUCCUUCAACGCCGUCGCUGCCGUGCUGCAGAUGGAUACGUCACGCAUGCGGAUGCUCGAUCAUGUGGCUGCUGGCCUCAUUAUUCCCGCCAUCAACGAAAUCAAGGCUGCUGCCAUGGCCGCCGGCGUCGCUUUGCAAGAUGACCUCGUUCACGCCGUCAUGUUCCAAGACUCCGCUCUGGGCUUCUUUAGACCUAGCAUGUUGCAGGACUACGAGAAGGGUAACCUGAUGGAGAUCGAGACCAUUGUCGGCGAGCCUCUACGCAAAGGCCGCAGGCUUGGUGUCCCUAUGCCCACACUGGAAGUUAUCUACAACAUGCUGCAGGGCCUGCAGUCAAAGGUCAAAGAGAACAAGGGUCUGUGGAAGGCCGAUUACGCCCCGGAUAACUCGUAUAGGGAUGCCUGA